AUUUUCCUUCCCCGACGACGACGACGAUGCUGAGCCGUCUCUCCUUGGUCCGCAGCAUGGCUGCGCUCUCGCUCAAGGCGCCGAUGAUGCCGACGCUCCGUGCCAUGUCCACGGCCGCCGAGGACAUUGCUCUGCCUUCGCUGGAAGACGCGGCCGACAACUUCCGCACGGUGCGCACGAUGAAGAAGGAGAUCCGCGUGAGCCCGCGCAAGCUGACGCUUCUCGCGCAGCAGAUCCGCGGCCUCCCGGCUGAGGAGGCGCUUACGCAGAUGCACUUUUCGCCCAAGCGCAAGGCGGCCAUUGUCAAGAAGACGGUCCAGAACGCGAUCAACCUUGCCGACAUCAACUAUGGCAUCGAGCCCUCGAACCUCAAGGUCGCCGAAGCCUUUGUCAACAAGGGUCUCUUCUUGAAGCGCCUGAAGAUCAUGGGUCGUGGCCGCUCCGGCAUCAAGCACCGCCCCCACAGCCACCUCACGAUUGUGCUCGAAGAGUUUGACCCGGCCUCCAAGCCCAUUAGCAAGACCAAGGCGCGCAAGCUUGCGCUCAAAGCGCAGGCAACGGCGCCUGUCGAGACUGCCGCCGAGUAAAGGAACUUACUGUAAUAGAAGAAAUAAGACACAAGCAUUAGACGCCUGUACGUCCACCUCCGUGA